CCCAGUCAGCUCAGCGGGCGCUAGUCGCGAUCGCACCUUCCUACCUGCACGAGCAGCGCGGAGACAGAGAGGCAACCUGCAGUACGCCCGGCACCUCUACGCUUUCUCUCUUGCGCAGCCAACGCACAGAGAGCAGCGAAGCGUCGUUGGGGCCAGCAGCCUGCAAUGCAGCGACCGGCGUAGAAGCCGCCUGCGCGCCUGACAGCAGUUCCAGAACGACCGAGAUAAAGAAGAGCCGCCACACGAACGGGAAGUCGGCCGAGAUGCAGACGGUGCGUCCGUGGCUGGGAGCGGCGCUCUGGGCCUGCCUCCUCUUGAGCGGCGGCCUGACCCUCCAGGACGACGACGACGGCGAGCUGGGCGCGAGCCUCAGUCAGACCAAGGCCAGCGUCAAGACGAUCGAGGCGAACAACAAUGUCGAGGACGCGCCGACGCGCGAGCACGGCAACAGCAUCGAGGAGGUCGACAGCAUCGGCCUGCCGAUCUACACGACCCUCAACGGCUCGGUGACGAACCUCAACGAGAUACUGCCAAGCAUACACCUGAACCGCACCAAGGCCUUCCUCAACUGCUCCCAGGGCAGCAUGCAGGUCGAGCUCAUGUUCCAGGAGCCCUUCUACGGGCUGGCCUACGCCGAUUUCGACCGGUAUAGCGCCUGCAUGACCAAGGGUCGCGGCCUCGACACCGCCAGGAUCGAGCUGCCCCUCAAAGGAUGCGGAACGGUGCAGGACCCGCCGCGGGUAUUCACCAACAACAUAGUGGUGCGCUUCCACCCGGCCGUCGAGAUGGAUGGCGACGAAGUCAUCACCAUUGUCUGUCGGUACCCGCCGGCCAGGGCGGAGAAACCCCUCCUGCCCGCGCCCCGAGGAGCUCCGCCACCAGCGGCGCCGGUCCUCAGCGGCCUGCACAUCCUGCUGAUGAUAUGCACGCUGCUCUUCCUUGCGCUGCUCCUGCUGGGCCUGGGCUGCUCCUACAUGUGCCUCAAGCGCCGGCCCGUUCCGAUCGUCCACCGCCAGACGUUCGCCGGCUCGGAGAUCACCAAGAUCUCCGGCUCCUCGGCCCUCAGUCGCAUGUCCAUGUUCGACGAAUUCAAGAUCCCCAGGAUCAUCGGCACGCAGCAGGUCUACGGCAGCGAGGCCCAGCUGGUCAUCGAGCACUCGGACACGUUGCCCAGCGACUACCCCAGCGAGAGCCACUCGGAGGUCGACGAGGAGCGAUCCCUGCCCGUGUCCUCGGCCGGCUCGUACGAGACCAAGGCCUUCAUCCACCAGCAGGUCGAGCAGCGCGCCUCCUCGUCCCUCUACUCGGAGACGAUCAACGAGGUGGAGAGCACGGCGGUCAGUGCGGCGCGAAUCACCAGCCAGUCGCGGCACCCCGUGGCUGUGCCCUGCGAGCCCAAGUUCGACGUGCAGAUGCGCGUGAAGCGCGCCCCGCCACCCCCGAGCCCGCUGCCCUCCGAGUCCGAGGCCAGCCUGGCGCUCGAGCGCAACCUCACGACCAUCCUUGAGCGUGAGGAGGUGAGCCGCACGAUCGAGAGCAGCGCCGGCGGCCCGCCGCGGCUGAGCAGCUUCGCCUACGCGCCGGAGCUGCACUCGCCGCCUGGCGUCGGCGGCGGCUCCAGACAGCAGACGCCCCCGGUCUACUCGCGCAUCCUGCGCAAGCAGCAGGCCGAGCAGAGCCUCACCGAGCAGACGCACAGCCUGCACCGGCCGCGCUCGCUCGCCUCGCUCAACACCGAGCUCACGGAGACGCGCUCGCUCACCGAGGUCACGGACGCCUCGCACGCAAAGUACCGCGUGGCCAGCAUGCUGGCCCCCGCCUCGCCGCCGCCCCCACCCGUCGUCGCGCCGGCCUCCGCCACCACCACCAGUCACGUGACCGAGGAGUACCGCGAACUCAGCCGCGAGGAGGUCGAGCCGCUAGUCGAGCCGAUCGUGGCGGCGCGCCGGCCCGAGAUCACGACCCACGAGGUCGACGACGUCUUUCUGCGCACCGUCACCGAGAAGAAGACCAUCGAGGACAUCGAGCGCCACCGGCGCCAGGUGACCGAGUACCACGCGCGCCAGCAGCAGCAGCAGCAGCAGCAGCCGCCCGACUCCAAGUGGGACGUAACCAUCCGCAACUACCCGCGCGAGGAGCUGCUGCCGCCCCAGCCGCCCGACUGGGAGAACUUCUCGGACGUGAGCUCGGCCUCGAACCUGACCUUCGGCCAGAGCGAGGCCAAGCUGCGGGAGCAGUCCACGGAGCUGCAGAUGGAGCAGCCCAUGGAGCAGCCCAUCGACGUGCACAUCCAGCCGACGUACGUGCCGACGCGGCGCGAGUCCGAGGAGGAGCGCAGCGCCGGCGGCAGCGCCUGGUACAACCUCGAGCGCGUGCUCGAGCCGCAGUACGCGAGCGAGCUGACGCCGGGCGAGCGGCACAAGUGGCGCGAGAUCAUCACGACCGAGAGCACGCUGCGCACCCUGCUGACCGAGGCCAUCGUCAAGGAGGACUACGAGCUCAUCCGCAAGGACGCGAGGUACGUCAACCUCUUCCCCCCGGCCAAGUGGGACGUCAUCAUCCGGAUCAUCAGCCCCCCGGCGGGCCAGCCCGGCCAGCCCUCCGGCUCCGGCUCCUCGAAGGCCAGCGGCCAGCGCUACAAGCGCGCCGGCAAGCCCGCCGACUGGGACAACCGCUCGAGGCGCUCCUCGCUGCCCACGCUCUACGAGUACGAGAGCGACGGCGGGAGCCUGGUCGCGCCUGAGCAGCUGCGCGGACACGUCUCUAUCGGGCCCGGCGCGCCCGGCAGCCGCGUCAGGAAGCUCAGCUCGACGACGCGCGGCGGCAGCGAGGCGGACCUGCGCUCCAUGUCGGAGAUGACUGUGCGCGACUUCGCCCGGCUCGACAGGGACGACCAGACGAGCCUGUCCUCGUUCGAGGGCGACUCGCUGGUGCGCUCGCUCUCGCAGCCGAGCCUCGCGCGCUCCGGCUCCGAGUUCACUGAGCACUGGGGCGUGCCCGCGCGCAACCUGCCUCACUGGGGCCUCGACGACGACGAGCUGCAGCUCUGCAGCUCGACCGACACGACCCCGAGGCCCAUCCGGAGGGAGGUCGUCGCCGCCACCAGCUCGAGCUUCGAGCAGCAGCAGCAGCAGCUCUCGCGGCAGGCGGCGGCCGGCGGCAGCAGCAGCAACUUCGCCAGGUCGGCCAGGUACAGCGAGCGGGAGGUGCACGUGCAGCAGAGCGGCGCCGGCCAGAGGCCCUCCAGCUGGUUCCACGACGACUCCGAGCCCGAGAUGCAGAUCUGAGCGCUUGCGCACUUCGCCUCCGAGCCUCCUCGCCAGGAACCGCCAGGUUACCAUAGCUCCAGAUGAUACUCCCGCGGGCGGCUCUCGAUUAGCGCCGCUCACCGGGUGCUCGCUGCUGCUGGACUUUCCACUUGCCACUCGGCGCCUUCCACCUCUUUGAUGUGUAUCCUCCGCUACUACCUCUGGCGUGUUCUUCCGUCCUUCUCUCCUGUUCCAGCGUCUCUUCCUCAGCAUCGCAGCCGAGACGCCGAGUGGGACUGUAGAGUCCGGCGCCCGUACUCUGCGUAUAUCCUAGGCGCGUUCGCGAGAUGCAGAGCGCGAAAUUAACGCCUCCUUUCUCGUCUCCUCUUCCCUGCUUUCCGUGCAGCGAGGAGCGAGCCGUACUCGCGAGGAGAAGAACGCCUCGGAGUUGGCUUCCUAACACAGAGUGAGGGAGAGGCAGCUUGAGGCAGCUCUUCUGCUGGAUUCGAAGCUCUUUCUCUCUCCCCAAACGCAUUAGUGAUAAUAGUUACGUAAGUUUCCCAAGACAAGUUAAACACGAGCGACAAGUAAUACACGGUGCUGGGUCUUCUGCGCUUUUCGACGACGAAA